AUGGCAUAUUUCGACCCCGAUCACCUUUGCUGUACUUGUGUUCCUCUUGGCUGCUCAGAACGCCAGUUCCAGAAACACGGGCAGAUUCACACAGGACGCCUGUUCCAUUGGACUAAUUUUACUAAUCAUCUGAAAGCCUCUGAUGCAGCUGCUUUGAGCAUCAAGAAAGUCAUUGAUCAACCCACGUCUCAGUCAGCCUUGGGUCAUAGUGACGAUCUUGCCACAGGUCACAUCACUGGAAUCACUUCAGGUAUCAAUAUUGGCCUUACAACAGCUACCAAUCGCAAACGGGCACGAUCACCUGAUCAAACCCAAUCAUCUUCAACUGCUCAUGGUUCAGAACGACGUCCUUUUCAUAAGAUCCGACGGCUAGAGUCAGCCUCCAAUCCUCAAGAGACUGAUCUCAGUGUGCCACAGACUCAACAACCACUGGUGAGACCUGCACACCACCUUGAAUCUUCCAACGAGUCAUAA